AUGCUGAAGUUGAGGACUAAAACAACAGAGUCGAGUAGAAGACAUGCAUUUUCUUCAUUCCGUGAAAGAGUUGAUUCAAUCAAGAUUGAACCAAGUAAGAAAUUAACUAAAAGAGUGUAUGAUUAUAUUGAUACUGAAGAUCAAACUGAUUCAUAUUUUCUUACUACAUUAGAACAUUGGAAGGAAACCAAUUUAUCAGGGAAUUUCACUGAAUUUUUAAAUAAAAUCGAACAAAAUUGUCAAUCAUUACCUCAACUUAUUUAUCAUCAAUCAACCAUUUAUCAAGCAUUAUAUGAUGCCAUUGCCAAAAAUGAUGUUCAUUCAAUCCAACCAUUACUUGAAUUAAUGUCACAAUUUAUUCAUGAUUUAGGUUCAGAUUUUUUACCAUUUUAUACCAAAACGUUGAAAUUAUUAAUGGAUUUAGUAUUACUGGUCAAUCCUAAUGAUUUCCAAAAUAAUAGAAAUUCUUCAAAUGUUUUAGAAUGGGCAUUUAAUACUUUGGCAUUUGCAUUUAAAUAUUUAUCACGAAAUUUAGCCAUUGAUUUAAAACCAACUUUUAUUGAAUUAUUACCGUUAUUACAAUUAACUAAAAAAACUUAUAUUUCCCGUUUUUGUGCUGAAGCAUUAUCAUUUCUUAUACGUAAACUGAAUCAGGAAUCUUUAAAUGAAAUAAUUCAAUUUUCAUUAUAUGAUCAAAUCGAUAUAAUAUUAGAUAAUGAUGCAUAUUGUGAAUCAUUAACGAUUUUAUAUAGUGAAGCAAUGAAAAACACAAAGGGUACUUUCCAUUCUAAAGCCAAUUUAAUUUUCUCCAAAAUAAUGGAAAAUACAUUAUAUAAGGUCGAUACUAAAGCUCAACCAAAACUUAUUAGUAUUAUAUCUGAUAUAAUACUUGAUAUUUUAAAUCAUGGGACCGUGGAAUCAUGUGACAAGUUCUAUGCUAUGGUGACAGACUACUUAAACAAUUUACUUGAGAAACACAAUGCCGACCCUUCAGAAAUAGAAUUAUUAACCACAUGUCAAAUAUUAUCGACGUUAGCAUUUGCUGAAUCAGGUAAGAAAAUUAGUAAUUGGGAUAUUGUCCUUGAAACAGUUGAUUUAUUAGUUGCAAAGAUAAACUGCAACAACAACGCCACAAGACAGGAAUUACUUGAAUCAUAUAUUUAUUUAUUGGUUAUUGUUUUUAGAAAUGCUGAUAUUCAAUCAUUAACUAUUAGACAUAAGAAAUAUUUUGAUUCAAUUUAUAACACCUCGGAAUUUUUAACAUUCACUGAAGCUAGUUUAUCAAUUGCCAAAUCUAAAGUUAUCAAUUUUGGAAUUAUUAAGCUUUUACAAAAUUAUAUCAACAAUUGUCAAGAUUAUGAUAAGGAAGUUGAAAAAUUGACUUAUUUCUUAAACAACAAUGAUAUUAGUUCCAAAUUACAAAUUCCUCAAUCAUUAGUUUCCCAAAUUUCUAAUCAAAUAAAUAAAGAUAUUAAAUCAAAAUCAUUUAAAUCUAUUCAUUGGAAAUUGUUAUUAUUAAAUUUUGCCAAUAAUUUCCAAGAUAUAAAUUUACAAUCAUUGAAAGAAUUAUUGUUUAAUUUAGAAAGUGGGAAUAAAAAUCUUGCUGCAAUUACUUUAGAUAUCAUUUCUCAUAAAUUAAAAGAAUUUCCCGAUUCUCAAACUCAUAUUGAUGAAAUAACUUCUUAUUUGGAAACUAAUUUCCAUAAAUUUGAUACAUCAACAAAAUUUUUAAAUGCAAUUAACAAUUAUAUUAAAGUAACCAAAUCAGGAGGAGAUUUUUUAUCCAAUGCAAUUACUUGUUUACAUUAUCCAACCCAUGAAUUACGUACUAAUGCCAUUGAAUUAAUUUCCACUUUAGUUGUUAACGAACUGUCAACUUAUUUAUCCCAAAUUCGUCUUAUUGAACAAAUUCCUUUGAAUAUAAGUACCGGAAGAGAUAUUACUUUGCGUAUUAGAAAUUUGGCUAUGGAAUUUCUGAAAGAAAUAAACCCAAGUGAUUUAGAUAAAAAAUUAAUUGUUAAUUAUUUUUUUGGGUUGCUUUCUAAUAAAUUUCAACCAUCUUGGACAGCAGUUUAUGAAUCCUUGCCACUUAUUUCUAGUACUUGUAAAUCAGAAAUUUGGCAAGUGGCAUAUAAAUUGCUUACAUUGGAUUAUACAAAUGAUGAAGAUGAAGAUGAAGAAAAUACAGAAGAAAGAAGUGUAGUUGAUUUCCCCAUUGAAAGUACAUUAAUUGAUUGGCAACCACGUAAUUCACGAUUAUUAAAUAAUUUUGAACUGUUUGAAAAUUCAUAUUUGGCACCUUAUAGAAACAUUUCACAAGCAAUUAAUAACAAUUUAGAAAGAAAUGCUCAUUUUGAUAGUAUGGUUAGAUCUCAUGUUUUAAAUGCUUUGAAAACAAUCCCAUCAAUUGUUGAAAAAAAUGCUGGUAAAUUAAUCCCUAUUAUAACUCAUCAACCAACAAUAGAUGAAGAUGAAUUACAAAAUUGGUCACGUAAAGAUCGUAAUGAAUUACUUGAAUUAUUUGCUAAAUUCAAAAAUUUACGGAAAAUACCUGAAAGUGAAGAAUUAUAUGAUUAUUUACUUGAUUAUUUAUUAACUAGUAAAUAUGUCAAAGUUCAACAAUUAGCUCUUGAUGUUUUAUUUACAUGGAAUAAUCCAUCUAUCAACAAAUAUAAAGAUAAUUUGAAAAAUUUAUUAGAUGAUGCUAUUUUCAGUGAUGAAAUUUCCAAUUUUAUUAUUAAUGGUACUAAUAUAUCAACAUCUAAUAUUAUUGAACCACAAGAUAAACCUUUGAUUAUGAAAUUUGUCAUUAGAAUAUUAUUUGGUAGAGUUCAAGGAUCACCUAAAAGUAAUAGUAAACAAGGUAAAAAAUUUGCUGUUAUAUCAGUAUUACCAAGUUUAACUAAUUCAGAAAUCAUAUCAUUUAUUGAAUUAGGAGCUAAUAAAAUUGGUUAUGAAGGAUUUUUCAAUGGUCAAAUUCCUAAAGCAAGUUUAGGACUUGAUCAAUCAGAAUUGAAAAAAAUUAGUGGAUUUAUUAAUUUAUUACUGGAAAUUUAUCAUAUUCUUGGUGCUAAUUAUAAUGCAGCAUUACAAACUACUAUAAAACCAUUAAUAUUCUCCCUUGUAUCAGCUCAAAAUAGAAUUGAAUCAACAAGUUUAAUUGAUUCUAUAAUAAGUGAAAAAAUGGCAAAAAAUAUUCGACUGAAUGGUAUGAGAUGUUUAACUGAAUUAUUCACAAUUAUUGGUGAUGAUUUUGAUUGGAAUGAUUAUUUAUCAUUGAUAUAUGAUAAUUUAAUAAAUCCACGAAUGGAAACAUUUGCUGAUGAAAAUUUACAACAACCUUCAGCCAUGCUUAAAUUGAUUUCAUUUUGGAUUGGUCAAUCCAAUACAUUACCAUUUUUAUAUAUUGAUGAAUUUGCUACUACAAGAGCCAUAUUAUCAUUAUUAAGUAAAUCAUCAGAAGCUAAAGAAUCAGUUAUUACUUUAGUAUUGGAUUUCACUAUUAAUGCCUUGGAAAGGAAAGAUAAUGAAAUUGAUGAAAAAUAUUUCACUUUAUUAGCAUUUGUGGUUGAUUCAUUAUUACAAUAUUUACCUCAAACUAUUGAAAUGAUUUACAAUAAGGAAGUUGGAUCUCGUGCCAUAAAAGUUUUAUUAUUGUUAAUUUCUGGUAAAUAUAUUGAAGAUCAAGAUACUAAAGCCAGUUUAAUUAAAUCCCUUACUAUUGCUCUUGAAAAAAAUAAUAAUCAAAUUGAUUUGGAUGAUAAAGCAAAUAUUUUAGUUUCUUUAUCUUCAUUAAUUGAUGAAUAUGAUUGUGAAUUUCAUGAAAUUCAACCAUUAUAUGAAAUUAUUUGUAAAUUAUUUAAAAUGUUUGCUACAAGAAAUGUUAGAGAAACUUUAGUGGUGGUUAUUAACACUAUGGGAAAUAAAUUUAAACAAAUUGAACCAAUAGCACCAAUUAUUACUGGGUUAAAUGCUUAUAGUGAUAGAAUGAGUGAAUAUGAUUUUGAAAAACGUCUUGAAGCUUACAGAUUGGUGAAUGAAGAGAUGUAUAAAGAUUUAACCCCAAUUCAAUGGUUACCUCUUUUAUAUUGUGCAUUAUUUUUCAUUAAUGAUCGUGAUGAAUUGGCUAUAAGAGUUAAUGCUGGUUAUAUGUUGAGAAGAUUUGUUGAUUGUUAUUCUUCAAUUAUUAUUGAGCCAAAAGAAUAUGUUCAUCUUUUAAAAGAUAUUGUGUUACCUAAUUUGAAAAUUGGUAUUAGAAAAGAAAAUGAAGAUGUUCAAACUGAAUAUAUUUUAGUGUUGGAACAUAUUGUUAAGCAUUCAGUGAAUUAUACUGAAUUAAAUGAUAUGAAAGUUUUAAUUGGUCAAGACGAUGAAGAAGGGGAAGAUAAUUUUUUCCAAAGUAUCAAUCAUAUUCAAUUACAUCGUCGACAAAGGGCAAUUAGAAGAUUACGUGAUUAUAAGGAUGAUUUGAAAGAUAAUAGUAUUUCUCAUUAUAUUUUACCGAUAAUUGAAGGUUAUGUCACUACCAAAGAGGAUAAACAUCGAAAUAUUGGGUUAGAAGCAUUAGAAACAAUUGGAGUUUUACUUAAAUCAGUUACUUGGAAUCAAUAUAAAGCUAUAGUGAAACGAUACAUUAGUAAUUUGAAUAAAUCUCAAGAUACAUUAAAACAACGUGUGAAUUUAAUGGUUGCCGUUUCAUUUGCCUUGGCUCAAUCAGUUAAAGAAAACAAUAAAAAUUUACCUGAACAACAACAAGAACUAGAUCAAUUUAUAUUAUAUGAAAUUUCACCUCCAUUGUUGAAAUUAUUACAAAUACGUGAUGAUGAAACCAUUGUUGCUCGUGCUCCAUUGGCAGAAGCAUUAACUAAUUUUAUGUUAUGUAUUACCAAGGACAAAAUUGAUGGUGAAUUACCGAAAAUUUUAACUAGUACAUGUCAAGUUAUGAGAUCAAGAUCGGAAGAAUUAAGAGAUGCCGUGAGGAAAACUUUAGGUAAAAUUGCUAUAAGUUUAGGUCCAAAUUAUUUGAGUUUUAUUUUCAAAGAAUUGAAAACUGCCUUAUCGAGAGGUUCUCAAAUUCAUGUUUUAAGUUUUACAGUACAUUAUUUAUUAACUUGUGUCACAUCAAUUUUACAACAUUCUGAUCUUGAUGAUUGUAUUGAAAUUGUUAUUGGAAUUGUUAUGGAAGAUAUAUUUGGAGCUGCUGGUCAAGAAAAAGAUGCUGAAGGUUAUACCAGUAAGAUGAAAGAAGUUAAAUUCAAAAAAAGUUUUGAUACUGCAGAAAUUGUUGCAUCUAAUGUAUCAUUAAAUCAAUUUGGUACUAUAAUUGAACCGAUUAAAUUGUUAUUACAAGAAAUGAUUUCUCAUAAAACCCAAGUUAAAUUAGAUGAAUUACUUCGAAGAUUAUCAUUUGGAUUAAAUCAUAAUCAAGAAGCUUCCAAUAUUGAAAUAUUACAUCUUUGUUAUGAGAUUUAUAUGAUGUCUAAAGAGAAUGACGAAGUUAAUGAAACUAAAGUUAGUGCCAAAGAGCAACAUUUCCUUACUACUUUAGAUCGGAAAGUGAAGAAACGGGUAGAUAAAUCCCUUUAUAAGCAAACCAUGCAAAGACUUUCAUUUGAAUUAUUAAGAACAGCGAUUUCUCGUCAUGAUAAUUUAAUGUCAGUGACAAAUUUACAAGGAUUUAUCCCAUUGUUAGAAGAAGGAGUCAAAUCGGAAAAUGAAACUGUGAUAAUUGCCUCAUUGAAAAUUUUAAAUAUAAUUAUUCGUUUACCAUUCCCUGAUCAAGGAAUUUUCAAAGCUUGUGCUAGAAGAACAUUAAUAUUAAUUAAAGAUUCACCUUCAACUAAUCUGGAUAUAUGUCAAGCAGCAUUAAAAUUUUUAGCUACUACUAUUAGACAUAAUCCUGAAGUAACCAUGAAAGAAUCAGCCAUUAGUUAUGUAUUAACCAGAAUUCAACCUGAUUUAGAAGAACCCAACAAACAAGGGUUAGCUUUUAAUUUUUUGAAAGCAGUUGUAUCUCAACAUAUAAUGAUUCCAGAAAUUUAUGAUUUAAUGGAUAAUGUUGCUAAAUUAAUGAUUGUUAAUCAUUCAAAAGAAAUUAGAGAUAUGUCAAGAAGCGUUUAUUUCCAAUUUUUAAUGGAAUAUGAUCAAGGUAAAGGAAGAUUAGAGAAACAAUUUAAAUAUUUGGUUAGUAAUUUGACUUAUCCUACAGAGGAAGGUCGUCAAUCAAUUAUGGAAUUAAUUCAUUUAAUUGUUGUUAAAGCUGGUAAAGAUUUAUUAAAUAAAUUAUCAUCAUCAUUUUUUGUGGCAUUAGCAAAUGUUUUAAUAUCAGAUGUAUCAUCAAGAUGUCGUGAAAUGGCUAGUUCAUUAAUAACUACAAUUUUGAAAAAAUUGGAUGAUACAAGUAGUAUGGAGAAGUAUUGUCUGGUUUGGAUAAAACAAUCAACCAAUAGUCUUUUGAAAAGAUGUGGUCUUAAUAUUUAUAAAUUGAUUAUAACGGUUCGAGGAUUUGGUAAAAAUAAAGAAUUAGAUAAGAUUGCUUUGGAUAAUAUUUUGAAUAUAAUUGAAGCAGCUAGAAAUACUAAAGAUGAACAAGACUCUGCCGGGACCACCACCACUAGUGAUGACGUUGAAUGGGAGCUUGUUUAUUCUUGUCUUUCUACAUUCAGUAGUAUGGCAUCCAUUAUCAAAGAUAGAAUUUUUGAAUAUCGGAAAAUUUGGAAUGGAAUUAUUAAUAUUUUAUUAUUUCCUCAUUCUUGGAUUAGAUUAAUCACUUGUCGAUUAAUGACAAUUCUUCUUUCUAAUGGUUCUGGUGAUAUUGAGAAAUAUGAUUUACAAAAUAUAGCGACUAAAUUGAUUCAUCAAUUACGUGCACCAUCAAUCACUUCUGAUUUAGGUACACAAAUCACCAAGAAUUUAGUAUUAAUUGCUAUGAAAUGGGAGAAAGAAACUUAUGAAUGGGAUGGAAAUUUGGCUAAUGAUUAUUUAUUAUCGAAAAUUUGUGGUAUAAUUAAACUGGAACAUGUUCAUUCAAUUGAAUCUAAAAAAUCAUGUAUUAAAUUAACUGCCAUGUUUAUUCAAUUCACCAACCAACAAAGAAUUAUCAAGAUUUCGGAAAUGAUUAUAUCAGCAUUAUAUAAUUAUACUGAUCCUACUUAUGCUACACCAGAUGAUGAAUUAACUAAUUUAUCUUUAGAAGCUUUAGAAUUAGUUCAAGAAAAAAUUGGUACAAGUGAAUAUACUAAAUUAUAUUCUAAUAUUAAAGUCAAUGUUAAUGUUAAACGACAAGAAAGAAAGGCUAAAAGAGCACAAAUGGCAAUAUCGGCUCCAGAUAUAGCUGCUAAAAGAAAAUUAAAGAAACAUGAAAGAGUAAGAGAAAAGAGGAAACAUGAAAAAGAUAUUAAUGGUUAUUAUAAACCAAAGAAAAAGAGAACCUUAUAA